CGCCAGCGCUCAGAAGCUCAUCGCGUUGUCGAUACGGCAGCAUCCCUGGGUGACAUCACUCCUGUCCUGUGGCAUCUAGUCGUCGGCUCCUCCUCAAAGUGCAAAGAUUAUCCGACACAGCAGCGAGUAACACCAAGGCGUCUAACUGGAUCUCGCCUCACAAUGGCAGUAACCCCACGUUCCCUCUUUGUGGAUCGGUACACCUGUGCGGUGUGUCUGGACGUCCUGAAGGAUCCGGUGACUAUCCCCUGUGGACACAGCUACUGCAUGAAGUGUAUUGAUCACUACUGGCGCCAGCUGGAUACGUGGCGGGUCUACAGGUGUCCUGAGUGUAGACGGUCCUUCGACAGGAGGCCAGAGCUGAACCGAAACACCACAUUGGCAGAUCUACUAGAAAGACUGAAGGGAGUGAAGGUCGACGUCAGUCCAUCUCAGAGUUACGCCGGACCUGAUGACGUGCCCUGCGAUGUCUGUCCAGGGAGAAAACGGAAAGCUUCAAAGACGUGUCUGACCUGCUUGGUCUCUUACUGCGAGACUCACCUACAGCCACACAAGGAGCUUCAGGCCUUCAAAAAACACAAAGUGGAGGCGCUGAGCGGCAACCUCAAAGAGAAGCUCUGCAGGAAACAUCACAGAAUCCUAGAAAUAUACUGUAGGACCGACAAGACCUGCGUCUGCUCCCUGUGCGCGGCGACGGAACACAAGAGUCACGACACGGUGACACCGGACAGAGAGAGAGCCCGGAGACAGAUUCGGAUGGAAAAAAGAAAGACUGAAAUGGAAAAGAGAAUUGAGGAGAAAGAGAAGAAAUUGAAGGAGAUGAAAGAGACAGUACGGGGGAUUCAGAGGUCUGCAGAGAGAGAUGUUCAGGAACACGAGAAGACCUUUGAGUCUUUGCAGCUGCUGAAACCAGAAAUCACCAACCUAAUUAGAGAUUACGAGUUGAAGGAACUGAGUAAGACUGAAGAGCUCAUCCAGGGAUUAAUGAAAGAAAUUGAGGUGCUUAAGAGGAGAGACGCCGAGAUGGCCGAGCUUUUACGGACAGAUGACCACAUCCGCUUCCUCCAGAAAUUCCCAUCUCUCUGUGUCGCUUUGGAAGACGGAGCUGCACCCACCAUCACGGUUAACACCGACUUUCUUCCUGAGACAAUGAAGAAGAACCUGCAUGAUCUGAAGAAACAUCUGGAGGAGAUGAGCAGCUGGGUGUGUGUAAAGACCUCUGAGAUAGGUGGGUUGGGUGUCCCCAAGUGAGAGACCGUGAGGUGACAGAAGCAGCGGCCCUGCUCAUUCUGCGCACUCGAGGCUCCCAAGGUGUUGAGCCUCCAGUUUGUGAAAUCUGAGGAGUAGAAAUGGAUUUUUAAAAUGUGUUAUGUUGUGUUAUGUGUUAAGCUUGAUCAAAUAAAAUGUCAAGGCAUA